AUGUGGACGUACGCGCCCGCUUUUCCCAGGCCCUGCUUUGGGAAGCAGGAAGACUCCGCCGCCGCCGAGCCGCUCCGGUUGCCCCAUGCGGGCAGGCCGGCCGCCAGAGCGCAGGGCGGUGGGUGGGGUGGCGGCGUGCGCGCCAGAACAAUGCGCGUCGGGUUCGUUAAAGAAUUCGGAACGAGCGCGCCCUCUGGCCGGUGCUUGCAGAAACCUUCCCUCCUGCUGGUGGCGGCCCUGAUGGCGCUGCAGUCCGUGCUCGCGGAUGUCGGCGCGCCGCCCUACCCGCCGCCCGGGGGCCCCGGCGGCUUCAACCCGGGCGGCUCCUACACGGCGCCCGGCGGCCCUGGCAGCUUCGGAGGCGGCCCAGGAGGGCCCGGCGGCCCCAGCGGGCCCGGAGGCUUCGGAGGCCCGGGCGGCCCCGCCAGGCCCGGAGGACCAGGAGGGCACUUCGCAGACGACGCCGGCGGCCCGCCGCAACCGUACAACUUCAAGUACGACGUGCAAGACGCGACGAGCGGACAGGACUUCGGCCACCAGGAGAGCGGCGACGGCGCGGGCAACGUAGACGGCAAGUACUACGUGCUGCUUCCCGACGGCCGCAAGCAGAUCGUGACGUACCACGCGGACGCCAACGGUUACGUCGCCAACGUGCAGUACGAGGGCGAAGCCCAGUUUCCGUCCGCGGGCCCCGGAGGUCCGGGUGGUCCGGGCGGGCGUCCCGGUGGGUUCGGACCGGGCGGUCCCAGUGGUCCCGGCGGUCCGGGCGGUCCUAGCGGUCCCGGUGGUCCUGGCGGUCCCGGCGGUCCCGGCGGUUACCCUGGCCAACGCCCCUCCAACAGCUACGGCCCUCCAGGCAGACCUGGCGGCGCGUUCGCAGACCAGCCGUCAGGUGGCUUCCCGGGUGGUGCGCCCGGAGGCAGCGGCCCCGCCAACGAGUACUUGCCGCCCCGCUUCAGGAAGUGA